AUGGACGCUGGGGAGUCCUCCACUUCGCCCUACUCGCCGCCGUCGUUGAGCCACAAGCUGCGGACCACCGUGCGCGGCUGCUUCGGCUCGCCGUCUUCACCGGAAAGCGGAGGAGAAAGGCCGCACAGCGGCGGACGCAGGACCAGGUGGAGGCGGCGCGCGGCGGCCGCGGGGGAGUUCAGGUACGACCCGCUCAGCUACGCGCUCAACUUCGACGAAGGCGGCAGCGACGCCGCCGCCACCGAAGCAGAGGAUACGGCCUUCCGGUACCGGAACUUCAGCUCUCGGCUGCCGCCCUCACCGGUGCCGGCCUCCCGAGCCGUCGCAAUUGUUGGCAAUAAGCCAUGCCUGUGGCAGCGGUGUCCGAAAUGUUAUCUGCUAGCAGUUUUUAGGCCAUUCCCAGCGAACGCGUUGGUUGCUGUUAGAUCAGCUGCAUGA